AAGAGAAGAGAAGAGAAGAGAAGAGAAGAGAAGAGAAGAGAAGAGAAGAGAAGAGAACAAGGAAGUCUGACAAAAAAAAAAAAAAAAGAAAAAAAAAAAAGAAAAAAGCAAAUUCAAGAAAGAAAAAAAAAAAAAAAAAAAGUCAUAGUGAGUCAAGCCAAAUUACCAGAAAUCUGUCUCCAAAAAAGACAUUAA